UCACACGGAUCGUGCGUUUCUGCCAGCCGAUGCGGAGAGCACAAAGGAGAGGGAGCAAGCGAGAUAGAGCGACAUAGAUCUUGCUUUGUCUAUCGAUCACGGGAUAAAAGCGAGGUUGCGCCGUUUCCACAAACGCAGGCCGAACGCGCAGUUGGAGCGCAGCGCGAUCAUCGGACUUCUCGGCUGUAGUUGGCGUCGCCUGGGUUUGGUUUGCUUGCUGCAACUCCGUUACGAUGGUUGUUAAGAAUCCAUUAACUCCCGAGGUUCUCGAUCAGUUACGCGCCAAGUUUUAUGCUGAUAGUCGCAAUGUAUUGGCGCAAAAUGUCUGUACGAAAACGAAUCCUAUCGAAGCGUGCGCCUCGAGGAAGAUCCUGGAGGAGACCCACCACGUCUUCACUCAUAAGAUCGAGACCGAGGGCAAGCCUGUAACUAAUCAGAAGAACUCUGGAAGGUGCUGGCUUUUUGCCAUUCUAAAUGUCAUGAGAACUAGCUUCAUGAAACAGCAUAAUCUAGAUGAGUUUGAGUUUAGCCAAGCUUAUCUGUUCUUCUGGGAUAAGGUAGAGCGUUGCAAUUAUUUCUUGCAUAACAUCGUGAACACCGCGAAACGUAGCGAGCCGGUCGAGGGCCGUCUGGUUAACUUUUUGUUGACCGACCCUACCUGCGAUGGCGGCCAGUGGGAUAUGAUUGUGAACCUGAUAACCAGACACGGUGUCGUACCGAAGACAUGUUUUCCGGAAUCGUAUAGUUGCGAGUCCAGCGUUCGUAUGAACAGCCUGUUGAAGAGCAAACUGAGGGAAUAUGCCAAGGCUCUGCGGGACAUGAUCGACAACGGCGCAUCCGAUGACGAGCUAAAAGAGCGAAUAAGCGAGCAGAUGACGGUGAUUUAUCGGAUAAUAGGUAUCUGCUUGGGAGUACCUUCGGAGAAGAUUACAUGGGAAUAUUACGAUAAAUCGAAGAAUUACAAUUGCGUGGGACCAAUCACGCCGCUAGAGUUUUAUGAGACCUACGUGAAACCUUAUUACAAUGUGACCGAUAAAGUCUGCCUGGUAACCGACCCACGACCGGGUAAUCCCUAUGGAAAACUAUACACUGUAGAUUGCCUGGGGAAUGUCGUAAAUGGGAACAUCACUCGCUACAAUAAUCAGCCGGUGGAAUUGCUAAUGAAAUUAUGCGCCGAGAGUAUCAAAGAUAAUGAACCCGUUUGGUUCGGUUGUGACGUUAAUAAGAGAUUAAUAGACAAGCACGGUAUCCAUGAUAUAAAGGCUUACAACUUUGAGCUGAUGUUUGGCACCGAUAUUCACGUCGGACUUUCCAAAGCCGAUAGACUACUUUAUGGAGAUUCUAUGAUGGUACACGCGAUGGCAUUUACGGCUGUUUCAAUAGAUCGAGAAGGCAAGAUAAAGAAGUUCCGAAUAGAGAAUUCGUGGGGCGAGGAUCACGGGCAGAAGGGUUACCAGGUCGUGUCGACUGAGUGGUUUGCCGAUUUCGUCUUCGAGGCAGUCGUAGAUAAAAAAUACGUACCUGCGGACGUGAUGGCCGUAUUCAAUCAGGAUCCCAUUGUUUUACCCGCUUGGGAUCCCAUGGGCACGCUCGCUCAUUGAUGUUAAAGUGAUUUAACUAAAUGCAAUGGCAAGCCGAUUUAUUUUACAGACGAGGAGGAUUUUCAAACAUAAUACGAGAAAAACGAAAUAUUUAAUAAAAAAAAUUCCGGGGGCAAUGAUUGUACAAAAUAUACCAAUAUUUUAUACCUUAUACAAGAGAAAGCAGCAGUAUUGAUAAGUGGCUUUGUCGUUUCAUAUGAUUCAUAUGAAUUGUAAGUCCAUUUUGUUUAUUACAGUAUACGAGGGCAACGUUAAGUUUUAUCAUCAAGACUGAAUGUAUGAGUUACCAUAUUUGAAAUGGCGAAAUAAAUAUCUUCGUUUUACGCGUGCAUAAAAGCAAACUGUAGUUUCCGAUCGUUCAUGCAACAUAUUAGUGAAAAUGGGGAGGAGUACUACGUUGACGUCGCUUACUUUAUUUUAAGGCGCGUUUGGGGAGUACAUUGUCAACGUUUUUCAUCUAUUGCAUAUUCUAUCUUCUAUCGUUUAUUAUAAAACAAAAACAAAAUGAUGCAAUAGCGCAUUCUCCGAACACGUCUUUAGUAACCAAUAAUAUAUCAAUCCUAAAUAUAAUUCGAAGUUUUUAAUUCGUCGAUUUAUUAAUCGCAUGCGCAAAAGUAAUUUCGCUCUGUAAAAACUAUGUUUGCGCAUAAUGCGAUUGAUCAAUUGAUAAAUUAAAAAAACACGUGUAACUUUUGUUUUAUUUACAUUGUGGAUAACUAAAUGGGAUGAUUAUUUUAAAAUUUCGUUUUUAACACGCGCGCUUUUAACAAAUUACAUCUCAUACAAAACAAAAAUAGACUGUGCACAUGAUUUAUCUACAAUUUAAUGUUUUCAUUAUUUAAAUGCAGCAAUGUACGAUAUAGCAUAGAGGCGCUCGUAUUUCUGUGCAUGAUAUAAUUUUGAAAUUCACUUGUAUACAAGAUAAAGCAAUAGAGAGAUGAUAUAGAUAGAUAUGUAAAAUUUAAUAAAGACUUGCCGAUAUGAUUAAAAA